AUCAUAAUAUUAAUAAUAAUUAUAGAGAGAAAUUUGUUAAAAAUAAGUUAAAAACUUAAUAUGAGAUAAGAGAGUUGCAUUCGCUGAUAGAAAUGUCACAAUAAACUGUUAGCUGUCAUGACGGUGAGCCGGUUGAUAGCACUUGACAGCAAUGAAAUGAAAAUUUAAUAAAUAUUAGCGAACUUAAACGAUCGAAUAAAUAAUUAAUCGGCAGUUUUUCAUUCUAUAGAAUUGCUUUUAAUGACUUAGAUUUAACUUUAUCGUACAAGAUUAAGAACGUCAACGUUUAAAGUAGAUAGGUUAUAUGUAACAAGACAUUGACUGUACGGUUGUUUAAAUAUUUUGCACGUAAUUUAUAUUGUGAAAAAAAUGAUCGGGAUGAGAAUGAAUGCGUUUAACGAUACUGGACUUGGAGAACCCGAGCAAGAUGCGAACACGGCCCUCAUAGAGCUCGAUAAAGGUUUACGUUCUACUAAGACUGGAGAACAAUGCGAGGCUAUAGUACGCUUCCCUAGACUAUUUGAGAAAUAUCCCUUCCCAAUAUUAAUAAACUCGUCUCUGUUGAAAUUGGCCGAGGUGUUUCGCACCGGGAGCAAUUUCUUACGAGUAUGGGUUCUAAGGGUGUGUCAGCAGAGUGAGAAACAUUUGGACAAAAUCUUGAAUGUAGAUGAGUUUGUAAGGCGCAUUUAUAGUGUUAUACAUUCAAAUGAUCCUGUCGCUAGGGCACUCACUCUACGUACAUUGGGCAGUGUAGCUGGCAUUAUUCCCGAGAGGCAACAGGUACACCACAGCAUAAGAAGGUCCUUGGAUUCUCAUGAUUCAGUUGAAGUAGAAGCUGCGAUAUACGCUGCUCAAAUGUUUGCAGCACAGUCCAAACUAUUUGCUGUAUCUAUGUGCAGUAAGAUUUCCGAUAUGAUCAGAGGUCAAGCUACCCCUGCCUCAAUGAAGUUGCAACUUAUACCGAUUCUACAGUAUAUGCAUCAUGAUACUUUUACAGCAUCAAUGGUAAACGAAUUGUGUAUGGAGCUUCUUGCGAGUUAUCCAGCAGCGGACUUUGUCAGAGUUACUUUAAGUGCACUAAGCACUCUGGCAUCUGCGACGUUAAUAGAUGUGCCACAACAGGUUGCAUUAUUGUUACGUUAUUUACAAGAUGAUCCAAGAUUAUCUGUUAAACGUCAUGCCUUGCAUCUAUUACACAGUUUAGCUAGAAGGGGGGCACAUCUCUGGCCACAGGGUGCUCUUAAUAAUUUAAUUGAGAGUACCACAACGCUUUUACAAGAUGGUUCAGGAAAUACAGAUCUUCUUAUUCGUACUUUAGACGUAAUUGAGGUACUUAGCCAAAAUGCUGUAACAUGCGACGCAAAUAUGGAAGAAAAUAGUCCCUUAUUACAAUUGUGUUUAAAUGCAUGUUAUUCGCCUGAUCCGUUUGUUGCAGUAAAAGCAAUUACUAUACUUUCUAGAGUUGCCUGUUACUGUUAUCAAGAAGGGUUGCCUGCUUAUGGUAUACAAGAUGUGAUUUCUUGUCUGGAAACUCUUAUUGUAUUAUUAGUUUUGGAUGACAAACAUUUGCAUCAGUUGAAGGCAUGCUUACGUUCGACAGUAAAAUUAUGUCAGUCGCAACCCAGUCAUUGUGCUAUAUUUGUUGACGCCAUUGGUUCUACUCUUAUCAAUACCAGUACAGAAAAUGGUCAGAAUGAAAAGCAGACGGUCGCAUUGUGCGAAGCCUUAGGUGCUAUUGGUAGUUUAGGCGAGAAUACAUUGCUUUCUCUUUUACCAGACAUUUUGAUCAAGCUUAAACAGACAUCUCAUGUGCAUACAAAGGCAAUGCUUUGUACAUUACUAUUUCAAAUGGUGGCCGGCGGAUAUGAAUGGAAUUCGGAAUGUUUAGAGGCAAUAGAGAACGUCGUGAGAAACGUGGAUGGUUGGGCAAAAUAUCGCAUUGCACGUAGCGCCGCAAGAUAUGGCCAUCAUACAAUUGCCACUGGAAUAUUUAAAGGAUUAAAAGAAACCGUAGCAUCAGAGCAGCUACAUUUUUGGCUGUCUGGUUUAGAAUUAGUUACAAAAGCAGAAUGCUGUCUUAUGAAUAAAAUGGAAAGCGAAGAAGAUGUGAGUAAACCCGAGAUUGUGGAAAAACUAAAUGGCGCGAUAGCACGUUAUGCGAGCGCUUGCGCAUCUCUCAAAGCUGCUAGCACUCCAUUACGCAGUUUGCAAUUUCCGAGCGAAUAUUCGAAACUGCGUUGUGAAUUUUUACAAUCUAUAGCGCAGUUAUUACAUUCGUGCAUAUCUUUAUGUACCGCGCCACCACCUGCUAUAGCUGUCACAGUCGUCAUUGCAACGAAAGACGAUCUCCAGAGAUACGGACGUGUUACACAUCAGUUGCGAAAAUCAGCUCAAGACUUGAAAAACUGUGCGGAAAAUUAUCAAAAGUUAUAUCAAUCAGCCUUUGAUGCCGAUCCGGGAUCAUUGGCGAAUAUUCGAGCAUUACAAGAAAUAUGUAGAUUACUCGCGAACAGCAUAGAACGAGUUUGUGGCUGGGUCGGGGUUUCGAUGUAUCAGCAGCAAAACGAUACCGUGAAUUUCAAUUUCGGCGAUUCCGUGGAGAUGCGGCAGUUGGCUCGUUGUUGCGCCGAACUGCGCCGUCUAGCGCCGCCCUGGAUCGGAAAUGACGGAAAAGCCGGAGCCAUCAGUCACAUGAGAGUUAGUAGUUUGAUAUCACAAGUGACACUACUCGCUGGUGGAACGAUGAGAUUGCCGAUUCCGCGAUAUUUCUUCCAAACUCUGCAAACUACUAGCAUUAAGCUAUCAGUGUCACCUCAACCACGUGUUCUCGGUGAACCUGUAUCUGUACCACAAGGUAGUCAAUUAGCACUCAAAGUCGAAGGAGUGUUGCGACAUGGUCGGCGAGCAUCACUUUUCCGUUCCGUCGCUGCUGUCUGUAUUUCCAUCUCGACGACGCCGCCAUCGAAAAUAAAUUCUGAUCAAAGGGAUGCCAAUGUGAACGAAUUGCAGCAAACGGUAACGCCUCAUCGAGACUUCUUCGCCUGCGAAUUUUUACUAUCUUUGGGAAUACCUGGAUCCACGAUUAUAUCCCCAUGCACAGUUGGUGCAAAUACCGUCCCAAAUAGUGGUGGUCAAUAUCAAAUCACGGCGAGCGCGAGUAUACUGGACAAGGACGGCAAUGUGUGGAAAUGUGGUCCACGUUCCACUCUUCCCGUUCGAGUACACGAAGAGCCUGCGAAAAGAAAGUUACCUUAAGGACACGCAUUUUAUGCCAUGCAAUGUGUUUUCUAAAAUUUUUAUUCAAAUGAAUUUUAAUAACAAUUUUCAAUAAAUUGUAUUUACAUGUGAUACUUUUUCGUGACUUUGCUUUUAAUUCUAAAUGACUACAUUAUGCGUUUUUGCACUAUAAUUACACUGACGUAAUACUCAUUUUUUAAUUUUUGUUUGGAUAAGAUCCUACUUAAAAAGAAAAAUUUAUAUUAAAAUUCAAUUGAUGCGAAAAAUUUUCGUCAUGUGAUAUUCCCAUUCAAACGUAAUCUGCAACUUUUUGUUUCAUUAUAUCACAAUUUUUAUUAUUUUUAAAACGACACCUAAAUUCGAAGAUACUGGAAAACGAAAUUUGUAUCUCACCUAUAAUUGCCCACGAUAAAUAAUUGCAGGCGAGUUUUUUCGAUCGAUCAAUCGACAAAUAAAAAAAAAAAACUUUUAGAGAAGUGUA